AUGCCUCCCAAGAAGAACGCCGCUUCCGCCGACGAGGCUCCUGUCCUGUGCCUCAAUGAGAACGAGACUGUUUUCGUCAAAGCCAUAUUCGACAGUAUGAAUUCGCGUCCUGAUGUCGACUUCGACAAAGUCGCCGGAAUCACGGGCCUUGCCAACGCCAAGUCGGCCAAGGACAAGUUCCGCGUCAUCUCGAAGAAGCACGGCUGGUCUUCCACUGAUGGCUCUGGCGGCGGGGCCUCCAGCCCGUCCAAGGGCCCCCUCAGUGCCAAUACCACGGCCAAAGUCAAGAAGACUCCAGUCAAGAAGAAGGGCACUGCACAGCGCAAGAAAAAGGUCAAGGCCGCGGAGCCUGAGGACAGCGAUGCCGACGAGGAUAUCUCGGCCAAGCUCGAGUCCGACUCUGAUGGCCAGAAGGCCGCAAAGGACGAGCUUAUGAACGGCUCCAGUGAUAGCGACUAG